UCCCUCAGGUACCUGUGAGGGCGCGGCGGUAUUGCUGGGUCCGGAAAGCCACGGGAAUGUUUGAAAGCCUCGUAUGGAAUAGCUAUUACAUUUGGUUCAGAAAAAAAUGAAUCCCAGUGAUGAAGAAACUAUGAAAAAACCCAGUGUGGCGAACCUUGAUAAACUUUUAGAUGACUUCUCAGACAUAGAAAAGAAAAUAACAGAAAUUAAUGAAGCAAAUAACCUACUGAUUCAUCAGCUGGAAAAAUGUAACAGGUUGCUAACAUUAAGCCAAUCGAAGGAGGAAUCAAUAAAAGAAGAAUGCAUUACUCUACAGAAUGUGAUAAACGGUCUAACACAAACCAUUGAAAACCAGUGUAAUGUCAAAGAUGAAAAUGAUAGACUGAAGAGUACCAUUCGCAUCCUGGAAGAUAAAUUAAAGGCUUGUGAAGAGGAAUAUAAAGAUCAGAUUGAGAAACUCAUGACAGAAAUUAAAAACAAAGAGGAAGACCACAAAUUAGAAAUAACACAGUUGAAUUGCGAUAUAAGGAAAAAACUUGAAGUAAAAGAAAUGGAGUAUAGAGAAGAGAGAGAGAAAAAAGAACUGGAAAUACUAGAGCUAACAAGACAGCUGAAAAUUCAAAAUGAAGAGAAGCAAAAUGAAAUAAUCAAACUGCAGAUAGAGUUCAACGCUAAAUUAGCAAGAGCUCAGGAUAAAACCACCAGGUCAUUUUCAGAUGCUUCUGUCUUGCCACAAAGUAUCUAUCGAAGGAAGCUGCAGCAUCUCCAGGAGGAGAAAAACAAGGAAAUUGAAUUUCUCCGAAACACCAUAAGAGACUUAGAGCAACGUCUUCAUAAAGGCCAAGACCUGCACUUAAAACGGAAGCGAUUUUGAGUAAAUUACAUGAAGUAUUUCAGUAGUACAUAUAAUGCAAAUACAGAUGGUGUAUUUCAAACUGUGCAUCUCAAAGUCAAAACGAUAUAUGAAGAUAGUAUUUUUUAUUGAAAAUGCUCUUGUCAAAUAUUCCAAAGGCAUGCACUCUGUGUACAUUCAGGGCUAUACUCUUGCUAGUCAGCAUUCACAAUAAAAAGACUCAGGUUUUGCAGGACUAAUAAUUUCCCUAUCAAACCAUCAUUAAUUAUGGUGUAUGCUUUCAUAGCAGUUUUCCUUUCAUAAAUACUAUUUUCUUCAUCCAGAAAUCCUUCAAACAACUGGUUUUACUUCCAUUCAGUUAAUGAAACAAUAGAAACGCUAAGCUACAAACAGAGAAAUUAUACAAGUUUCAGUGGUAUAUUACCUUACUAAUCAAUACAGAUUUAUUGAAUUCAGCACUGUUAUAAACAAAGAUAAACUUUAUACUAAGAUUAAACUCCUUUUAUCCCUCCCUUUUAUUGAUUCUGACACUCAUUCUGUAUGAAUAGCUGUUAACACUGCUUCUUGCUUAAGGCAUGAUCUUACUGAUUUAGUAGGAUUAUGUAUUAAUUGAUCCUUUUAUUGUAUCUAAGACACAAAAGUUAAGCAUAUAAAUCUGUUACUUUAAAAUAAUGUAGUUACUGUUUGUAUAUUACAUUUUGAACAAAAAGUUAUUUUGUCACAUGGCUUAGGAAUAAGUUUUUGUGUACAUAGUUUGUAUCCCCAGGUUAGGAAAAAAAAAUCUAACUCAACUUUUGAAUAAAAAUUGAUUAAACUAUC